ACGAAAAUUGCGAAACUUGACACUCUCAAGAAAAAAAAAAAAGAAAAGAAGAAUGGAGAAUAUGCAGAAGCACCAGCAUGGUGCUCCCGUGUCUACCAAGAUUUCCUUCCUCGAUUGCAUCGAUCUUUCCACCCCUGAUAUCCAGCAAUCUUUUUCCCUCACAAGCAGAUAUUUUGCCUGGUUUGAGGCGGACUACGUAGAAGUUUCAUCAACAACCACUUUUAAGGAGACAGUUAUCUAUAGCAGUUGGAAACUGAAGUUUGAACUUCCUGGCAAAGGGCAAGGGAGAGGACUGGAGAUGGAUCAUUUCUUUCAACAGCAAUUCCUGCAAGGUGAUGUCUUCUGCUAUGCGAAUGGUCCUGUAAAUCAAAGUGCUUUUGUGCCAUAUAUAUGCAGACCUUGGGGUGGAAGCGAAGCUGGGGUAGGGAGUUCUUCUAUGGGGGUAUAUCCUACUAACAUGAACAGAAGAAUGAUAGAAUUCAUGAGGAGAAGUUUCACGGUAAAGAUUGAAACUCAAGAACCUGAUAGCAAACGAUGUUAUCGUCAUAAGAUGAGUGAGAGAUUGAGGAGACAGAGGGAGAGAAAUGGUUACUUGGCUCUGCAUUCUUUGUUACCCCAUGACACCAAGAAAGAUAAGAACUCGAUUAUGCUAAUGGCAGCAAAGAAGAUUCAAGAGCUGGAGAUGUACAAGGAGAUGUUGAAGAGGAGAAAUGAUGAGAUUGAAGAGAGAUUGGCAGCAAGUGGAAUCAGAAACGUUGAGAGUACAAAGAUUAGAAUUGAAGUAGCCAAUCCAACAUCAGCGGUGGAUCCUAUGAUAGAUGUUCUCAAGUGCUUGAAGAGUUUGGGAACAAAAACCAGAAGCAUUCAAUCACAGUUUUCUGAUCAGGAACUUGUGGCAGUAAUGGAAAUUGAAACUAAGAUUGAAGCUGCUGAGAUAGAAAAUGCGGUGAAAAGGACACUAGCAUGAUAUUGACAAGAAUUCCCACGCCGUUUCCUGGAAGGUUAGAUAGAAGCCAAAGGAGAAAACCAAAACAAACGUGAUCGUAACACCAGUCAGCUUGACUGUACAGUUUCGACAGAUUGUAAAGUAAUUGAGGUUAACAACGUUGAAUGUCACUGACUGGUUAGCUUCUCGAUGGUUGAAUUGUCUUUGAACUUUGAUUGACUAAAAUAAAAGCUUGAAAGACUUUUAUUUGCGGCUA